UCAGUACAUUAGCCAUUGCAGAGAAUAAUAUCUCAGUAUCGCAUCUUCCCUGGCCUCAGUUUUUUGUCACCGUUCUGUGUUGCCGCAACAUGAUCGGUAAAGUGUUGACUUUGAAUGUUUUUCUGUGUUUCCUCCUCGCUGGCGGCGUCUUGGGACAAGUGAACGAUGGGACCCCUUGCUACACCCCAAAGGACGAGUACGGCCUCUGCAUAAGCAUAAAGCAGUGCAAAGUUCUAAUCGACUUACUAAUUUCUCAAGGCUCGAACCCAGCCGUUGGAAACUACCUAAGAAGUUCCACUUGUGGCUAUAUCGGUAGCACUCCUAUGGUUUGUUGCCCACAAAUCACUCCAAAAAGCAACCCGACGAGUAUAGACGCUGAACCUGACGGAGAUAAAAGCAAACCCGAUGACUCCUCCGAGAACGAGGAGAGUAAAAACGAGAGCAGAUUACUCAGCCCACCUGAUUGCGGAUUUACCAAUAAGACCAACACAAAAAUUGUUGGCGGAGUGCCUGUCACCCUCGGCGAAUUUCCUUGGAUGGUCGCUCUGGGGUACAGGAAUUCGAAGAACCCUAACGCCCCUAAAUGGUUGUGUGGCGGUACACUCAUUACAGACAGGCAUAUUCUAACUGCUGCCCACUGUGUUCACAACAGAAAUGAUCUUUACUUGGCACGCGUGGGAGAGCACGACCUUUACGACGACAAAGACGGCGCGUCACCAGAAGACAUACCUUUGAUCAAAACCAAAAUCCACGAGGAUUACAGUUCUGUGCAGUUCACCAACGACAUCGCCAUCCUCACCAUGGAAAGAAAACCCAGUAACGAUUCCGUUUGGCCCGUGUGUUUACCACAUGAAGAACCUUAUCGCUCAAACAAUUUUGUGAAGUACAGGCCUCUUGUGACAGGAUGGGGAUCCAUAUAUUUCAAUGGUCCUUCCAGUUCGGUGCUGCAAGUCACCUCGGUCCCCGUGGUGGACAACAACAACUGUAAGAGAGUCUUCGCCAACAAAUCCGUCAUCGACGACAGAAUUAUAUGCGCGGGUUGGACCACCGGCGGAAAGGACGCUUGUCGGGGCGAUUCCGGAGGGCCGCUUUUGUACGGUAAAACCGAAGCGAGAUACAUAAGAUACUACCAGAUAGGCGUUGUGUCCUACGGUUUCCGAUGUGCUGAAGCAGGGUACCCUGGGGUAUACACAAGGGUCACGAAUUUCAUUGACUGGAUUAAGAGGAACUUGGAUUAAUGUCUAACGCGCUGUCCCCCCGAAUUGGUCUUCUCGCUUAUGCCUUUGUUUUGAGCCAGUAACAAACAAGUUGGAAAAUCGUCGAAUUGUGCACAUGACAACUGACGUUAUGACUUAUUUGAGUUAUAAUUUCAGGUAUUUUUUAUUCUAGUCCCAGUAAUUGUGUAGAUUCCCAAAAAACUACUUACUCUUCCCAACAAGCAAAAAAAAUGUGACAUUGUACCGUUAUAAUGUAUUAUGUUAAGUUUUUUAUGUAUUUAUGUUACAACAUUUUAUUAUAAAACAGAUAUUUGAA